AUGGCGUCUUCAUUGCAAAAGAUACUUGUAACCGGCGGGGCCGGUUUCAUUGGCGCUCACACUGUUGUUCAGCUUCUCAAAGACGGGUUUCAUGUUUCCAUCAUUGAUAAUUUUGAUAAUUCUGCUAUGGAAGCAGUGGACCGUGUUCGUGAAAUUGUUGGUCCAAACCUUUCACAGAAUCUUGAAUUCACACUGGGAGAUCUCAGGAAUAAAGAUGAUUUGGAGAAACUUUUCUCAAAAACUAAAUUCGAUGCUGUCAUUCAUUUUGCUGGGUUAAAAGCAGUUGGUGAAAGUGUUGCAAAUCCUCGUCGUUAUUUUGAUAAUAAUCUUGUUGGCACCAUCAACCUCUAUGAAGUUAUGGCUAAGCACAAUUGCAAAAACAUGGUUUUCUCAUCGUCUGCCACUGUUUAUGGCCAACCUAAAAAGAGUCCAUGUGUGGAGGAUUUUGAGUUACAAGCAACGAACCCUUAUGGACGGACGAAGCUUUUCCUUGAAGAAAUUGCACGAGAUAUUUCGAAAGCUGAGCCGGAAUGGAGAAUCAUUUUACUGAGAUACUUUAAUCCAGUUGGGGCACAUGAAAGUGGUAAAUUGGGUGAAGAUCCUAGAGGCAUCCCAAAUAACCUCAUGCCUUAUAUACAGCAAGUAGCCGUUGGAAGAUUACCCGAGCUCAAUGUAUAUGGUCAUGAUUAUCCUACAAGGGAUGGUUCUGCGGUACGGGACUAUAUCCACGUGAUGGACUUAGCAAAUGGUCACAUUGCCGCCCUGAGAAAGCUUUUCGCAACGGAAAACAUAGGUUGUACGGCUUACAAUUUGGGAACCGGUCGCGGUACAUCUGUGCUUGAAAUGGUUGACGCAUUUAAUAAAGCUUCUGGUAAGAAAAUCUCAUUGAAAUUGUGUCCGAGAAGGCCAGGAGAUGCUAUAGAGGUUUAUGCAUCUACAGAGAAAGCAGAGAGAGAACUCGGUUGGAAGGCCAAAUAUGGUGUGGAGGAGAUGUGCAGGGAUCAGUGGAAUUGGGCAAAGAACAACCUGUGGGGUUACUCGGGAAAGCCUUGA